AUGAAGUCUACUUUCGCCGCAACCAUCGUAGUGUUCGCGACCGUUACAGGUAGGGUGGCCGGAGCCCACCACAACCCGGAUCGAUUAGUCGUGGAGUUCACAUGGUUUGAUUUCCGCAGAGCCGAGCUUGUAUUGUUCAAUGCGGAUAAAAACACCAACGUCCCAACCGUGCAGCCCUCUUAUGUCACCGAAGAGCGUGUCAUCAAGAGGAACGACGUAGAGGAGUUGGAGAAGAAGAUCAAAGACGGAGUCAUGAACGGGCAGUCAUUCUGGAAAUUGAUGAAAUUGAGGUCUUCUUGCCGCUGGGGGCAGGCUUGCAAGUCAAUCGCAGAUGCGCAGGACAACGCGAAAUGUUCACUUUGCAUUAAGUUCGAGCCACCGAUGUUACUGGACAAUGGCGAACUGGAAUUGGGGGAUGGAUAUGCAGUGGACGUACUCUCGGACUAA